AUGGGCAACCGCACCUCGCGCCACCGCCGCGCCGCCGCCGACCAGCCGGCCACGGCCCCUCCGCCGACGGCCCAGCCCAAACCCCAGCCGCCGCCGAAGCCCCAGACGGCGCCGGCCCCGGCCCCGACGCCGGAAGCGGGACAGGUGGCCAUGGGCCGCGUUCUGGGACGCCCGAUGGAGGACGUGCGCGCGACCUACACCUUCGGCCGCGAGCUCGGCAGGGGGCAGUUCGGGGUCACCUACCUCGUCACGCACAAGGCUACGGGCCAGCGCUUCGCCUACGAGGACCGCCACUCGGUCAACCUCAUCAUGGAGCUAUGUGAGGGCGGGGAGCUAUUCGACCGCAUCAUCGCGCGGGGGCACUACUCCGAGCGAGCCGCCGCCCUGCUCUGCCGCGAGAUGGUCUCCGUCGUGCACAGCUGCCACUCCAUGGGGGUUUUCCACCGGGAUCUCAAGCCCGAGAACUUUUUGUUUCUCAACAACAAGGAGGACUCGCCGCUCAAGGCCACUGACUUUGGCCUCUCCGUCUUCUUCAAACACGGGGAGCAGUUUAAGGAUCUCGUUGGAAGUGCGUAUUAUGUUGCUCCUGAGGUUCUGAAGCGGCACUAUGGAGCAGAAGCUGACAUAUGGAGUGCGGGGAUUAUUCUGUACAUCCUUCUGUCUGGUGUUCCUCCUUUUUGGGCAGACAAUGAGGAUGGCAUAUUUGAGGCUGUCUUGCUUGGUCACAUAGAUUUCUCAUCUGACCCUUGGCCUUCAAUAUCUAAUGGUGCAAAAGAUUUGGUGAAGAAGAUGUUGCGGCAAGACCCCAAAGAGCGCUUGACUGCUGCAGAAAUUUUGAAUCACCCAUGGAUUAGGGAAGAUGGAGAGGCUCCAGAUAAGCCACUUGACAUUACUGUUAUCAGUAGAAUGAAGCAAUUCCGGGCGAUGAACAAGCUUAAGAAAGUUGCAUUGAAGAUCGUUGCAGAGAACUUGUCUGAGGAAGAGAUAACAGGCUUGAAAGAAAUGUUCAGAUCCCUGGACACUGAUAACAGUGGGACAAUUACUCUUGAAGAGCUAAGAUCUGGUUUACCAAAACUUGGCACCAAAAUUUCUGAAUCAGAAAUUACACAGUUAAUGGAGGCGGCUGAUGUUGAUGGAAAUGGGACCAUUGAUUAUUCUGAGUUCGUAUCAGCGACAAUGCACAUGAAUAGAUUGGAGAAGGAAGACCACAUACUUAAAGCAUUUGAAUAUUUUGAUAAGGACCACAGCGGAUACAUAACAGUAGAUGAGCUGGAAGAAGCUCUGAAGAAGUAUGACAUGGGGGAUGAUAAAACAAUUAAAGAUAUUAUCGCUGAAGUAGAUACAGAUCAUGAUGGAAGAAUCAACUACCAGGAGUUCGUUGCCAUGAUGAGAAACAACAGCCCUGAGAUUGUUCCAAAUCGGCGGCGCAUGUUCUAA